AUGUACUUAUGGCCAACUCUGCCUUUCAUCUAUUGCAUGGCUUUUGUGUUUCGGUAUGCGACUCGAGCCUAUACAGUAUUAAUUAUCAUCGCACUUGUUGUAUCACUCUGUGCAAAUAUCAUAUCAUACGUUGCAAUGACAGUCAGACCGCAAAUCUUUCCAUACCUGCAUGUAAGAUUCACUAAUUAUAUAUAG